AUGGGGAUGCCGGGUGCGUGCUAUCACGACCAUCCACCGUCGCAAUCCCAGCAACCGCAGAGGCCGCUAGCGGGAGCCGCGGGAGAGGAGAUGCAGCGACACGCGCUGUUCGGCGGUGCGAUUCAAGCGGAUUUCCCGCCGCGCUUUGAGGACAUCAGCAACUUCCGAGAAGUACCCAACAACCAGGAGGUGUUUGCGGAUGCCAGUCGGGACGAGAGCAUAGUGAUCGAGCUGCUAGAGAUGAAGGCUGACGUGGCGGACGCUGAUUCGUCCAGGUGGUUCCUGGAGGAUCUGAUGCGCGAGCAGGAGGCACAGCCUGGCAGUGCUUUGGAAUCUGCUGCUCCUAUCCCCUCAACAGACUGCCCUCACGUGGACUCCUCUGUUUUCAAGAGCUAUGCUGUGGGCAGAAUGACUGUAUCCAAGGGUCGGCAAGGUGCCGAAGCUCUGAAUGUGGUCCGGGUCUACUUGGCCAAUCUUCGCCUGCGCAAUGUGCACACAGACGUGCUUAUAACAGUCAACGAGCCGCUCUUUAUCAGUGAGCAGAGUGAGAGUGCGGCAGCAGCGGGGACGGCAGGAGUCACGCAGGCAGCAGCACAGGAGGCAUCGGCAGGGGUGCUGGGAGCCACAGCCGGCGGGCAGGUGUUUCAAUGGCUGCUUGCGUCGUUCAAGGUCAAUGAUUGGGGGCUGUUUGGGCCGCAAUAG